CAUCGCUGUCCGCGUUGCGGUGUGAGUGGCUAUGAGAUAUUAGAAACGCUGCCCUCGGAGUUUGUUUUAAUUUGAGCAGGAUUGAUUUGAUUUAAUCCAGCGUUGGCCAAAGCUCAAGCAACCUGAAAAACGAAGGGAUCGCCGACGGCCGAGGACAUCGUUGAACGGGAAAGUCGUGAUGUGGCCGCAAACGCUGGAAAUGUCGCGGGACGAGUGCCGAGGCAUGCUGCGUCGACUUGAACUCGAGUCCUAUUCGCAUGUGGUGAGCGUUUUUCGCGCCCAAGGAGCCCUAAGUGAAACCAAGGCGAAAUUGCUGGAGGAGCUGCGCCAGCAGUUCCACAUCAACCACGAGCGCCAUCGGGCGGAAGUGCGAAGGGCGGUCAACGAUGAGCAGCUCUGCACCAUUGCCGAGAACGUUUGCGGUCCCAACACCUGGCAGGAGUGGUCGCGUGAAGGACGUCGUUCGUAUCCCCUGCUACCCAGGAUCAGUCCGCAAACAGCACUCAGUAUCGUGGCCAGUGAUCUGGCGGCAAAGGCAUGCGAGGAAAACGCCAAAUUGGCGGCUCCUGCCGAAACGGGGGUCCACUUUGGAGAAGCCCUCUUGGAGCAGGCCUCUCUGAUGAGCCUGAAGUAUCCUCGUGGUGGCAGGAACCAGGAUCAGCCUAUGGUGAUCUUGGAGGAGCCGUUUAAAGUACCCGAUGUGCCCAACGAGGUGAAGAAGAUGACCCAAAAGCGCAAGGAGAACGAGAGCGGAGUGGAGGGCAAGCCCAACAAGAAGCGGCACAUGCAACAGCCCCACGCGCAGCAGUCACAUUUGCAGAUUCCCCAGCAACAGCAGCAGCAGCAGCAGUCUCAGCAGCUGAGUCCAUCCUCGAAUCCCGCCGCCGAGGAGGGUGAUCCAGGGCCGCUGGAGAAGCGACUGAGUCCGCGCACCCUUCAGCAGCGCUACUUCUAUCAGCAGCAGAUGAAGCACAAGCAGCGGCUGGCCAGCAAAAGGAACUUGGCCAACAGUUUGGGUUCGCCCUCCUCGCAAACGGGAAAUCCCUUGGGCGGCAGAAACGCAUCCGCUUUGGGUGGCGAACCCUCGCCCAGCAAGAGGAUAGCUGCGCCGGCCAAGAGUGGCAGACGAAAGCAGAAGCAACUGCAGCAUCAGCAGCAACAAAAGUUGCAGCAGCAGCAGCAGCAACAUCACCAGCAACAACAGAAAGUAUUAAUGCAAUCGGCGACGGAGACGACGGUGCCCAAUCAUUUGGUGGUGCAGCCGCAUGUGGAGUAUGUGCUCGACGAGGCACUCAAAACGUUGGCGGCCACCACGCCACCAACGCCAACGCCCACCGCCUCCACAGUCACAGCCACAGCCACGCCCCCGUACACCUUCCUCAACGAUCUGAGGCCACUGGUCACGCUGAAGCCACUGAAGCCCAUCAAACCGGCGGUCUUUGGUCCGCAAAGUGCUGAAAUUGGUUCACCCACAACGCCGGGCUCUCGAGGAUUUGCCAACUCACCGAUUGUUUUCAAGGACAAGCUGCAGGCUUCGCCAGUGCAGGUCAGUGCAGGCCCAAGUCAGAGCACCUCGCCCAUCAAGAAAUAUGUGCUGGAGGAUACGUCACCGGCGUCAGCUGCCACACCCACGCCCAUUUCCACGGCCAAUCUUCCCCUGGCGCCGCAAAUCAUCAGUGUUCAACAGAUCCCAGCUCCGCCGAUGGGCGCCAAAUUGAAGCCAACAGCAGUGGCCCAGUCGCCAGUGGUCAGUGGCAACAGUGCCACACUCCUGCCACCGGGCUCCAAGAUUACGCCCAAGAAGUUUAAUAUUCUGGAGGGCGAGGCCAAGCCCAAGACAUUGCCCAGUUCAGCGGUUAGAUUGCUGCCCUACACGGAGCCCUUGUCCUCGCUGAAGGACUCCAGAGUGACGCCCUUGAGCAGCGCCUCCACAGUGAAUAUUAUCAAGAAUAUACCAGCCAGUAGUUUGAACAACACGCUGAUCACACCGCUGCCCUCGGCAGGCGGCCAAAUGUCGGCCAAUUUGUUCAGGGCGAAGGUGACCGCACCGCAGAUAAAGGCUGCCACUGGUUCGGCGGUAAUUGCUGGUGCCACAACUUCAGCAGCUGCCCCACAAAUCCUGGGCAAUAUCAAGCUCACGAGCAGCUCGGGCGGAGCCAUCAAGCAGGUGCCCAGCAGUGCGCUGCGAAACAUUAAGAUUUGCUCACCCAACGGGAAGGUGUUCCUGCAGCCAGGAAAACUGCCAGCUGGCAGCAUCAUACACAAGCUCAACAACACAAGCAGCAGCAGCAGCAGCUCGUCGGGAAGCCUGGUGACCACCAGCACCACCAGCACCAGCACCACCACCACAGCUGUUUCGCCAACGAAUCUGCCAGCUCGCGAGCAAAGAAUAAGCAUACAAAAGAUGCAAAUACUGCAGCCAGCGGCCACUGGAAGUGGGAACAGCGGAGGCAAUAGCACCAACACCAACACCACCACCACCAGCAGCAGCAGCAGCACAACCAGCAAGCCAAGUUUGGGUGGCAGUAAAGCCACCACACUGACCUUCGCCACUGCGGGCGGUGGUAAGAACAAUCUGGUCUUCCUGCCAGCGAGUGCGGCCAGCGGCAUGAGAGCGCUCACCUUGGCCAGCAAGCCCAAGUCGAAUGUGCUGGUCAUCGGAGCAACCACUUCUCCGGCGCCGGCGACCAGUGGCACAUCUCCAAAUCCUUCGGCAGGGCAGUUGAAACCCAAACCCAAUCAGUUGAUAACAGAGGACACACCCAUCGAUAUCAUCAAUAUGCCCAUUAUAGUGGCGGAUAAUGGCACGGCCACAGAGCUCAAUCCCUCGACGGUAAAGAACUCUCCACUGGUGGUCUUCAAUGCCACGGAUUGGGAGAUGGAGCUGGACCAGGCGGCCACCAAGACGUCCAACACGGCCUCAAAGCAAAGCCUAGACGAUGUCAUCAUCGAGGAGGAUGAAGAUAUCGAGGAGCAGAUGGAGGAGAUGGAGGAGAGGGAGGAGAGGCAGAGGAAUGAACAAGAAUCUACCAUGGACCUGAACAACAGCAUCAUUGAACUGCAUCCGGAGGAUGACAGUGCCAUUGAGUACGUGGACAUGGACUUGGAGCAGCCCAUCGAGAUCGAGAGCACCAGCAACAUAUCGGCAGAGACGGCAGCCACCACCACCCUGAAAGCAGCCAUUGUCUCGGCAUCUCCUCACCAGCAGCAGCACAAGCAACAGCAGCAGCAGCAGCAGAAGAAGCCAUUGGAACAGCCAGUGGGAGCAGGAGCAGCUGCCCUUUAGAUCGGUUAACCAAUCAUCAAAUAAGUUACCUUAAAAUCGAUCCCCAUUUCGAGAGAUUCGAGUGAGAGAACGCACACACACACACAGCAGACCCGGUUUGAAUUAGUUUUAGUUAGUAGUUUAGCGUCAAUGUCGAAAGUUUUCCUUUUAUUAGUUUUAAAGAUUCGCAAGCCGAAACCUUGGAGCAAAGUGCAAGAUUAUCGUAUGCUUAUUUGUGGAGCCUAAGUUAAGGAUGAGCAAUAAUUUAAGUUGCCAAAUCACACACACACACACUCACACAACCACCACUGUUUUAAACAUUUAAUCGUAUAGUGAAAAGUAUACCCUGGAAUUUGUGUUAGCUUUAGUUUUAUCAGUUCAUUUCAUUUCAUUCAAUUUCAUUUCAUUUCGUCCGCCUGCAAUCUUUGGAGCCUGGAAUCGAACCCCUUCUCUCCUGUAAAUAAGGCAGAUGCCACUGCAGACUUACCUUAAUUUUGUAUAGCUUGUAAAUAGAGUCCACACUUCGCCGCCCACCUCAUCUUUUGCCUAGCAUAAUUUCGUUCUAGUUUAGUUGCCUAAGAUCAUAUCCCCAGAAAAGGAAAAAACACAAAAAAAAUUCGAGAAACACGCAAGCGUAAAGUGAGAAGAAAAUUGUUUAAAUGUUCAACUUGAAAGAUUUCUUAAUUGUAUGAGAUUAUAGACCCUAGUUGACCCGAAACCCGAACAUGUAAAUAUCAGAUGAAUUUCGAAAUGCAAACCCUGUAUCGCAUAAUUAAAUAUACAUAUGUAUAGACACACACAUGUUUAAA